AUGUCCGCUGGCACUCUCUGGACCAUUCCCGUGCAAUACGCCGCUAAGCCCGCGCGCGCGGUUGCUGCAUUGACCGGCCUGACUAUUGAGUUGCCCACCGGAUACACGCACAUGCAGGACAACAAGCUCCCCGCAUUCACCGACAAGUUCCCCCACGGGAAGAUUCCGGCUUGGGAGGGAAAAGACGGCUUCAUCGUCUUCGAAUCGGUCGCCAUCGCGCGGUAUCUUGCUGGUUUGGCGCAAGACUCGAGCCUCCUUGGCAAGACCCCAACUGACAAGGCGCUCGUGGACCAGUGGGUUCAUCUCGCGGAGACUGAGGUCGAUGUCUACACUUCCCAACUGAACAACCUCCUUCGUGGCACCUACGCCCCAUACAGCAAGCCCCUCCAUAACAUCUUCCUCGAGCGCCAACUUCGCGGUCUUUAUACCCUCGAAAAGCACAUCUCUUCCCGCACCUUCUUCGUUGGCGAACGUUUGACAAUUGCGGACCUUUUCGUUGCAGCCUAUGUCUACCGUGCUGCAACCAUCACCCUCGAUACCGCCACACGCAAAAAGCUCCCCAACCUUUUCCGCCAUCUCGAAACUGUCAUCAACCAGCCCGCUAUCGCUAGUGGAAGUAUCUGGGACCCUAUUCCCGUCCUCGAUACCGCGGUUGCCUACGUCGCCCCCAAAAAAGAGGAGAAGCCAAAGAAGGAGGAGAAGCCCAAGCCCGCGCAGCCGAAAAAGGAGGAGAAGCCCAAAAAGAAGGAGGCUGACGAUGAGGAGGAGGACGAUAUCCCCGCUGAGCCCAAAACCAAGAAUCCGCUUGACGAUUUGCCCAAGAGCACUUUCAAUCUCGAGGACUGGAAACGGUCGUACUCCAAUCUCGACACGCGUGGAGCUGGCGGUUCCAUCGAGUGGUUCUACCAGAACUACGAUGCCACUGGAUUCUCCGUCUGGCGCGUCGACUUCAAGUACCCCGAAGAGCUCACCCAGACCUUCAUGUCUUCGAACCAAAUCGGCGGUUUCUUUAACCGUCUCGAGGCAUCCCGCAAAUACCUGUUUGCGUCGGUCGGCGUGCUUGGCACCGCCAACAACUCCCUUAUUUCCGGUACACUCAUCCUCCGUGGCCCCGAGGCAGAGCCCGUCGUGAGCGUCGCCCCCGAUUGGGAAAGCUACAACUUUACCAAGCUCGACCUCACGAAGGAGGAGGACAAGAAGUUCUUCGAGGCGGCCCUUGCUUGGGACCUCGAAGUGGACGGCAAGGCCUGGACGGAUGGCAAGAACUUCAAGUAA